CAGUCGAGCAGCCGGCGCCAUAAAGAGUUAGCUUGUCAUUGUUCAGAUACUGACGGUGCUACACCAGAUAUUUCGGAUUAUUAGACCUCCGAUACUACCAAAAUGAGUGGUGGGGUUUAUGGGGGAGAUGAGGUUGGUGCCCUCGUGUUUGACAUUGGUUCCUACUCCUUCAGAGCAGGCUAUGCAGGGGAAGACACACCUAAGGCGGAAUUCCCGUCCACAGUGGGUGUGUGUGAGGAGCUAGAUGCAGCCAUGGACACUGAUGAGAACUCUCAGAUAUCAAAGCAAUCUCAGAAGAAAUACUACAUUGACACUAACUCUAUAUGUGUGCCCAGGAAAGGGAUGGAAAUGAUGUCUUUUUUAAAAGAGGGAAUGAUUGAAGACUGGGAUAUAUUUGAGAAAGUCAUGGAUCACACAUACAACAAACAUAUGAUGUCAGAACCCCAGUAUCAUCCAGUCAUGAUGUCAGAACCUUCUUGGAACACAAGAGGGAAAAGAGAAAAAUUAACAGAAAUCAUGUUUGAAAAAUAUAAUAUUCCUGCCUUUUUCCUAUGCAAGAAUGCAGUUCUAGCAGCUUUUGCUAAUGGACGUUCUACAGGUCUUGUACUGGACAGUGGUGCUACCCAUACAACUGCUGUGCCUGUUUAUGAUGGUUAUGUUUUAGGCCAGGCUAUUGUAAAAUCUCCAUUAGCUGGAGACUUCAUCACACUUGAGCUGAGAAAGUUGAUGGAAGACCUAUCCAUAGAUGUAGUUCCUCCAUACAUGAUUGGCAGCAAGGAGGCAGUGUCAGAAGGUGUAGCACCAAAAUGGCAGAAGAAGAAAGAUCUACCAGAAGUUACCAAGUCAUUCCACAGUUACAUGGUCAAAGAUGUGUUACAGGAUGUAGCAGCAUCCAUCCUUCAAGUGUCAGAUGGUCCCUAUGAUACAGCUGCAGCUGAGUCAUUACCCAUGGUGCAUUAUGAGUUCCCAAGUGGAUACAAUAUAGACUUCAGUGAGGAGAGGAUAAAAGUUUGUGAGGGUCUUUUUGAUCCUUCAUAUAUCAAGGAGGCCCAAGGCAACAGUAUGCUGGGUAUGGGCCAUACAGCCACCACCAGUGUGGGCAUGUGUGACAUUGACAUCAGACCGAGUUUAUAUAACAGUGUCAUAUGUGUGGGUGGAAACACAUUGAUCCAAGGAUUUGUUGACAGACUGACCAGAGAUCUCAGCUCAAAGACACCCCCUAGUAUGAGGCUAAAAGUGAUCACUCCCCCAGGGAUGGCAGAAAGAAGAUUCAGCAGUUGGAUUGGUGGCUCUAUCUUGGCUUCACUGGGUUCAUUUCAACAAAUGUGGAUUUCAAAACAAGAAUAUGAAGAGGGAGGCAAGAGCUGUGUAGAAAGGAAAUGCCCUUGAAUAUGUGCAUGAUUGUUGAAAGUGACAGUUUCCUCUGGACCAUAGUUUUUUAUUUUUUAGAUUCAAUGAAAACAAUUUUCCUACAGUAAAAAGGAAUAUGAUGAAAAUCAUGGGUUUUAAAAUGUGUACAUUAUCUUUGUAUAAUAUAUAAAGUUGGCUGUCUAACAUACAAAUGAAUUGUGGAGAGCUAAAUGUAUUUUUUCCAAGUGUAUAUAGGACUCUUAAGGUAACUUCCAUCAUCACUUAAGGUUGUUACUAAUUAUAAAUUUGAGUCAGAGUAUGAGAAAUGUCCAUUGUUUUCUCAAUUUAGAGACAUCAUACCUUCCUGUAUGUAUCUUUUAUGACAUACUUCAUGUAAAUACAUAUAAAACAUA